CUUAAUGAGAAAGAUAAUGAUUUUAAAUAUGUUUCGGAACUAUUCUUCUCGUCUUGGAAACAUUCAGAUAAACCUAUUCCUAAGAUUAUUUCAAUAUGGAAAAUAUAUUGUUCAAAGGAUUUAAUUUCCCAAUACGAUCUUUAUCGAAAAAAAGUAGGAAAUGAACAUCAAUUAUUCCAUGGAACGAAGGCCGAAAUAUGCAUCAAAAACACAUGUGCAAUUUGUUGUAUCUUAAAAGAAGGAUAUAAACUAAAUCAUGCGAAUUGUGGAUUAUUUGGCAAAGGAAUAUAUUUUUCAUCCACAUCAUCAAAAUGUGAUAAUUUUAGUAGUAAUUUAUUAGAAAAUUACGAAGGAGUAAAUUAUAAAGUAAUGUUAUUAAAUAAUGUGGCUUUAGGUAAGAUUUAUAGGCCUACUGAAAAUGAUUUUACGUUAACAAAUCCACCACAUAAAUAUGAUAGUGUGAUUGGAGAUCCUAAAAUUGUCAAAAAUUUAAAAGAUUUAAAGCAUGAUGAAAUUAUUGUCUAUAAAGAAGAAGCAUCGAUUCCAAAAUUUUUAAUAGUUUAUCAACCAG